UAUGUUUUAAUUCAUAGAUACAACAAACUUCAACAGAAUGUUAUUGAUUUAGCAGAACUCCCUGAGACGUAAAUGAUCGUCUGAAAAUCGCAUCCAGACUCCUUGAGCACCUAGUAAACAAUGAGGAGGGCGACGAUCAUUCGGAAACACCAGGGACGGGGAAGGAGGACGUCAGCACCUGCGUACUCAACCACUUCCGGACAAAUCCCGCCACGCACCCCACACCGGAUGUCCGUCCCGUCUAUCGUGGAGUCCCUGAAUACCCAUCGAUAUCUCGAACACCAGCGAGCUAAGGCCACUAUGACUCGGUUGGCGCUGGAUGAUGACAAGACGAUGUACGGGAGCUCCAGUCGACUCACAGCCACGCCCAGUUCGGACACGCCCCCUUCCUACGGAAGUGUACUGUCACAGAUUCAGGAGAACUCGUCGGACUGUGAAGGGCUCUAUGACUUCCUGUCUAGAACGUAUCGGGUGCUGUGGAGCACCGUCCUGAGUACUGUGUUCCUGGUGAUGCUGACAGCUCUCCCAAUAUCAAUGAUUGCAGUAGGGUCGACCUAUCGUAACGAGUGUCCUGUAGAACCUCGACUCCCGAUCUACCUGUUGGUUGGUGGAAGCUUCGGUCUCAUCAAGGUAUUCCUGUUAUUGUGGAACCAAAAUAAGAACAGCAACAACGCAUGCGCAGACGAGGAUGAUGACGCCGACACUGAGGACGCGGUCGUGCACCGAACGACAAAGUUCACCGGGUUCAUACUGACAGUGUUUCUGUUUGUGUGGUUCGUCAUGGGAAACAUCUGGUUUUACAAAAUAGACUGGAUGCCUAACUUUGAACAGCCUUUACAUGAACCGAGCAAUUGGUGUCACGUGAUCGUGUUUCGCUACACCUUGUAUCAGCUGGUAACCUGUUACGGUCUUUUGGGACUAGCGGUGCUAACAACGACUUGCUUCAUUAGUUAUUACUGUUGCAAGAAAUAUACCUAUAUCAAAUAG